AUGGCUCCAAUGUGGCUCCACUUUGUCUUGAAGAUGCAUUUCCUUCAGUUGAGUACCGCCCUCCGGAGUGAUGUGUCGCAGUCGGGAGGCACCCAGAGAGCCCUGUCAAAGCCACGGGACUGUUCGAACCGCACGGUGUUGGUGGACUCCAGCGAGGACCGCCUCGAGGUGCAAACUCGGGAGGAGACGGAGGACAAUUAUUCCUUUAUUCAUUCUUUUGAAUGCAUGGUGAAGUCACCCGAAGACUGCGAUAAAGCCGUGGCUUGGGUCCCAUGGGACGGCUAUUACAGUGCUUGCUAUUGGGCUACGGAUGUGAAGACGGGUAACAAGAGCUGCGUUUCCGAAGGCUUCUUUUCGGCAGGCACCUAUGAUAUCUGCUUAGUGACCGAAACAUCGGUGACCCCAUUGUUCAAACAAGCGGUCGAAGAGCAAACGGAAGAAUGCACGAAGCAUUUGUGCAAGAUAGCGAGAGAAGGUUCGUGGAUGAAAGAGUCUAAAAAGGACAAGGCUCUGAAAUCCGCGUGGCCAGAAAAGCCCUGGUUCGGCACGGGCUGGGGUGAGAUGGCUGCCGAGAGCUGUCCUGCCAGCAGGAAGGGGAUUGAGGCCUUCGACUUAGAAACGCUGCGGAAGAAGGUUGCAAUUGGAUGGAGGAAUAACUUCAACAAGAAGUUGUGCGGUUGCGCUACAGCAGAUGACUGCACAUGA